UGUUGUUUUCCUUUCAUGCCAUCAUCAGAUCAGAAGUAGCCCCUGAGCCCGACAGGCAAAGCAAUUAUCAUAGCUGGGAUGACAUUUCAAUUGGCACUCGGCCUUUGUCUGAUGAUGAGUGUCUUUGUGGCUACAGCAAGGGCUUUUCUGGUUCCUCCUUUAUUAUUUACGAGACAUUCCAACCAAGCAAUUCGAAGGGUAGGGAAAAGAAACCAUGGUCAAAUAAUAUUUUCCACGGAACUACCAACCAGAAGAAUAUCUAGAUUCUGCAGCAGUGCUGAAGACAAGACUGGGGACAAGACACAUCUCCGUGUCGAGAACAUAUGGAAAUCAUCCAUUGAUCGGUUGGAGCAACAAGGGGUAUCGGAACCAGAAUGGUCCGUGGCCCAUCUCUUGGCAAGCGCCAUGGAUCUUCCCUGGGCGAAUGGGUUUUCGCAGCUGUUGACAAGGAUGAGUCAAGCGGAUGAUACCGCAACGACAGCCGUAUUAUUGACCACAAGACAAUACGAAGACUUUGAAGCCAUGCUGGAACGCCGGCUAAAAGAGGAACCCAUUCAAUAUAUUUUGGGAAAAUGGGACUUUUUACACUACGAACAAUUAAUCGUAAGACCUCCUCUGCUGUGUCCCAGACCCGAGACAGAAGAAUUGGUGGAAUUGGUUCGAAACGACAUUCAAAAGCAACAACAACAACAAACUCUGGAUACAGAUACAAUCCACAUUUUGGAUGUGGGUUGCGGUACCGGUGUGAUUGGAAUUGCCUUGGCGGAUGCCAUUCCCAAUUCCCACGUACACGCAAUUGACGUCGAACCCAUGGCCGUGGCAACAUCCCUGGAAAAUGCUCGACUUGUAUUAUCCGACCAAGCCGAACGGUAUGCGGCAUUCCAAAGCAGUGCUCAAGACCAUACCACCGUGCAACCGUAUCAUGUCAUUGUCAGCAAUCCACCGUACAUUCCACGAUCCGAUAUGGAAACCCUUUCGCGGGAUGUGGUCGACUACGAGAGCGAUCUCGCUCUGUGUGGUGGCGACGAUGGUAUGGACGUGAUUCGGUCCAUACUCCACAAAUGGGUCACGGAAUGGGGUACACCCAACAGUGUGUGUUGGAUGGAAGUGGAUCCCACGCAUCCGGCUCUGUUGCAAACCUGGUUAUUAGAGCAGCAGAAUGGGAAUGUGGUGGUACUGGAGUCCAUCCACCAGGACCUGUCUGGUCGUGAUCGAUUUGUGAAACUCUCGUUGCGAAAAGAUCGUUGA